AUCGGCCCGCGAUGGCGGUUUUUUGACGGGUCGCCAACUAUGCUUGACCUGCUUUACAGUGAGUUGUUUUUUAAGUCGGUCACACCUCGUGCUCUUGCUGCUGACCUAGCAAGACCAAUUUUACUCGUAGCGUCCACGCACAGCUCCAAAUGUCUUGUCCAUUCUCGCCGAAGCAGCCCGGCUUUGGUCAUUUUCGUGAGCCCACGACACGCAGCAGCGUCGCGAAGGUUAUAGAGAGGAACUCAGGCGCCCUGAUCGUUUUUGGGGGCGCGGCCGCCUGCGUGGUUGCGGGCUGGAAGGUCCGCGGGUAUCUGACGGACCGGCAACUGUCCCAGCUACAGCAGCGCGCUGACGUGGAGAUACAGGCUGUCAAGCAGCGCGGUGACUUGGAGAUACAGGCUGUCAAGCAGCGCGCGGAUGUGGAGAUACAGGCCGCCAAGCUGCGCGCGGAUGUGGAGAUACAGGCUGCCAGGCUGCGCACGGAGCAGGCGAAGGGCCUCUUGGACCUCGUGCUUCACGGGGACUACGACAAGUACCGCGCCACGGUUGCGAAGGACUUCGAAGCCAAGAAGCGCAAAUGAAAGGUUCUGGCGGGUCAAGGGAAGGCCUACUUCGACGUGGACAUUAUUAUUAUUAUUAUUAUUAUUAUUAGCUAGCAAGCGCAGGUCCGGCAUCAUCUAUCAGGCGCACCCAUGUAUCUUAAUUGUGGCAUCAUGAGUAGUUGCAGGGAGGAGUGCGUGGCAAACGACAUACAUCCUCGCUGAGGAUGUACUGAAACCAGCAGUGCAUGUAUCUUCAUACUGCAAUACUUGCAUUGCGCCCACUGUUGCUCGAAUGUAAACACUACCAGGC